AUGAGCUGUCUGGAUGUUAUGUACCAAGUCUAUGGUCCUCCCCAGCCUUACUUCGCAGCCGCCUACACCCCUUACCACCAGAAACUAGCCUAUUACUCCAAAAUGCAGGAAGCCCAGGAGUGCAACGCCAGCCCCAGCAACAGCAGCGGCAGUGGCAGCUCCUCCUUCUCCAGCCAAACUCCGGCUAGUAUAAAAGAAGAAGAGGGCAGCCCGGAGAAAGAGCGCCCACCAGAGGCGGAGUACAUCAACUCCCGCUGCGUCCUUUUCACCUAUUUCCAGGGAGACAUCAGCUCUGUGGUGGACGAGCACUUCAGCCGGGCCCUGAGCCAGCCUAGCAGCUAUUCCCCAAGCUGUACAAGCAACAAAGCCCCGCGGAGCUCUGGGCCCUGGCGGGACGGCUCCUUCCCGAUGAGCCAGCGCAGCUUCCCCGCCUCCUUCUGGAACAGCGCUUACCAGACGCCGGUGCCCGCGCCGCUGGGCAGCCCUCUGGCCGCCGCUCACUCGGAGCUGCCCUUCGCCGCUGCCGACCCCUACUCGCCGGCCGCGCUGCACGGCCACCUGCACCAGGGCGCGGCAGAGCCCUGGCACCACGCGCAUCCUCACCACGCGCAUCCGCACCACCCCUACGCGCUGGGCGGCGCCCUCGGCGCCCAGGCCGCCGCCUACCCGCGGCCCGCCGCCGUGCACGAGGUCUACGCGCCGCACUUCGACCCGCGCUACGGGCCGCUGCUGAUGCCCGCCGCCUCGGGGCGCCCGGCCCGCCUCGCUCCCGCGCCGGCCCCCGCGCCAGGCAGCCCGCCCUGCGAGCUCUCGGCCAAGGGCGAGCCGGCCGGCGCCACGUGGGCCACGCCCGGGGGACCUUUCGCGAGCCCCACGGGGGACGUGGCCGGGGGUCUGGGCCUCAGCGUGGACUCAGCUCGUCGUUAUUCCCUCUGUGGUGCAUCCCUCCUGAGCUGA